AUGUCGCAGCCUACAUCCCGCUGUGGCCUGUCCUCGCCCUCAGACGCAUCCUCCACCUUGGACAUUGACGCCGACGGUGCUGCUGCUGCUGCUGCUGCUGCUGCUGCUGCUGCUGCUGCUGCUCCUGUCGCUGUCGCCGACGCCGACGCCGACGCCGACGCCGACGCCGGAGUUGCGCCUGCGUCUCCUCGGGACCAACGCCCUUCUUUUGCUUCAUCUUCAUCCCCUCGGUCCCCGGCCUCUCUCGACCAAGAGCCGACCAGUCCUGCCAGUCCUGCCAGUCCCAGUUCGCCAACAAAGACGAGGGGGCCUGUCAACGUGCCGCCUCUGUCGUCUGUUCGCUCCCUGCCGCAGCCUGGACAAAGAUCGCCUCGACCAACGGUACCUAGCCCGCUGUCCACGGCAAGCAACGUGGCGACCUCCCGGCCGAGUACAUCUUCUUCAGAACUCGCUGUUUCUGCGACACAACAGGGAUCUCAGCCCACUGGCUGCAAACCCACCGAGGAGGAGACAUCCAAGGCACCCGUUGGGCAGACGACCUUCCUCCGUGACUCUUCGAACUCGUCCACUACAGAGAAGGACCUGGCAAGACCAAAUUUCCCAAAACAUGCGAAUGACUCGAAAACUUUUUCCGGUCCUUUAGCGUCCAAGGUUGUCAAGGCUGCUCCUGGUCCGUUGAGACUGGCUGGAUCAACCAUGGCUGCCACAAUUGCUUCGACUUCGAACGAAGCGAUGACAAGAUCACCCCGGAACCCCUCCUCGGACACGAUUCUGUCGACAACGUCCUCGACACAAAGACGCUCCAGCAUAGCCGCCUCACAGGACUCCCAGAGCUUUCCAGACAUUGCGAGCCUGGUCAAGGCUGCUGGCAGCCCGGAAGCCGUGAUACAGCACCUGCUGAAAGAGAAGCAAUCCCAGUCACAACAAAACAGCCAAUUGUGGAGACUGGUUGAUAAGCAAAGGGCCAUGAUCUUGGGGUUGAACAAGGAUCUCGAAGCGGCCUUGAAGGAAAAGGAAAAAUACAGACGGAAGUUGAAAGAAGUCAUGUCCAGUCCAGCAGUUGCAAGAGUUGCAUCUCACCCAGGGGCGUCUGGUCAUCGUAUCAGCAAUGCACAAAGAGACACGAGAUCCCCACGUAUCGAGGUGCCGGAUCCAGGAACCCAACCUGCAGUUCCCGUCCCAGAUUCUCCGUCACUCGACUCCGACAGCCAAAAGAAUUCCCCUGUCGAUCUGUCCAUGGCACCUUAUCCGAUUACACCGCCGGCGGACAGGCCGCACGUCUCAGAUACAGCGAGCGAGAUGUCAAGUCCCAAACAUUCCAUGCCCAAGCCAUCCGAACAUGCUCUAGACAAUUUCGAUCAUGAAGAGGAGGAAAAGGUUGCGGACACGGCUUGGAAGGAUAAGGCUGAGCAGCAAAUGGGGCAGCUUCCGUACGAUAUCUCGUUGCCGCCCUCUCGAAGCCUUCCGACUGGUCCGCCGAAGGUGCCUCCGCCCAAAGUCCCAACUGCGCCUCCUUUCUUGGCUGUGGUAGAGCCAUCUCCCUCUUCUGACACAGACCUCUGCCACCAGCUUCCGUCUCCCCCACGGAAAGCGCCUCCCGCGCCUUUGAAGCUGCAGCAACAAGGUUGCCCCGAGGUGACGACACCUGCUGAAGAAGAUGGCACAGACUCCGAUUACGACGAUAUCCUAGAGGUUGAGGAAAUAGUCGAUGGGCACCGUGGUCGCCGAAUAACGCGGGAUGACAAGGAUGAAGAACGGGAAAAUGCCCGAGUUCCGGACCUUCAGACGCCCAAGGUUGAUGUGACAAAAGGCCUUGCGCCUGCCGGUUACCCCUUGAGAACUGCUUCCGUGAAUGCCCUGCUCCUCGCCACCAAGCCGGAUCUUUUGGCUGCUCCGCCGUUGCUCAGUCCUGGUCUCCCGUCCAGCCCUCGUCCGUUUGGCAACUCUCAAAACCCGGCAUCUGCACCAUUGUCGGCGCGUUUUGGCCCCGCUAGCCCCUUGUCGCCUCGCCCUCCUCGCCAACCCAUUGUACUUGCACCAAACACUCCCUUGAUGUCCUCUCCUCUAGGCUCGACCAGCUCUUUGGCGACGCAUAAUAUCCCUGGCGUUGCGAAAUGCGAGUCCGAUGGAGGUCAACCCAAAAUAUGCAGAGGUCUGGUCACGGAGGAAUACCCUGAUCUUUUGCUGCCUCCCAAUGCGCUGCCAUUGGUUGAAAUCAAAGUGGCCUCUUCCCGCAUGAAGCCGUCCCGCGCGAGCCUCUUGUCCCUGAACCAGUUGGAGGAAGAUCCCGUUUUCACCCUCGCUGUUCUCUCACGAGCACAUCAGAGUGAACUCUGGCGGGUAGAGAAGGACAUUGCGUCCCUCAGCAGGCUGGACGCACGGCUGAAGCAGUGUCAUGCUUUUACAGCCAAGGCACCGGAGCGAUCACUAUUCAACGGCCACGCCCCCGCGAAAUUGGAUGCGCGAAGGCUGGCACUGGAGCAAUACAUGGACGACCUCCUCGACACUCCCUUAGAUACGGCCACGGCUGCGGAAUUGUGCAAGUAUCUAUCAACGCAUACCCUGCCGCCAAACGCAGACGAAUCGAACUCGUCCUUCCGCCCAACUCCCGAGAACAGUGGACUUCAGACUGGAGCCGACGGUCGCCCACACCGAACCGGUUAUUUGACCAAAAAAGGCAAGAACUUUGGCGGGUGGAAGGCCAGAUUCUUUGCCUUGGAGGGCCCGCAGCUCAAGUACUACGAGGCGCCUGGCGGAGCUCAUCUGGGCACCAUCAAGCUUCAGAAUGCUCAAAUAGGGAAGCAGGCACCGACACAGAGCAACGACAAUCAAUCGCCAGCCCGGACCAACGCGGGCGAAGACCUGGACAAUCAAUACCGACAUGCCUUUCUGAUCCUGGAACCCAAAAAGAAGGAUUCCAACGCUCGUUUCAAACACGUAUUGUGCGCCGAGAGCGACAAGGAACGUGACCUCUGGGUGGACGCUCUCCUUCAAUGGAUAGACUACCGGGAUCCGGACGAGGCCGAGUUGGUUCAAAGUGCUAAAGCAGGCGCCGACCUGCAAGCGUUUGAAGCGGACUACCCGGUUGGCGGCAAGCACAGAAAGGGCAUCCAGAGCAAGCCCCAGCUUCAGACGUCCGGCUCCGGCACAUUGAUCGGGGUGAGGUACGAUUCAACGCACGCUGGCGAGGCCCCUCAGAAGGGGGCAGCUGCGGUGUCGGAGAUGAUGGCUAGCCCACCAAAGCACGGGAACGAGACGUUGAGUGCGCAGGUGAACAAAUCCAUCUCUGCGCCGAAAGAUGCCCACAUCAUCUCGGACUCUGCUGCCUGGGGAAACAAGCCUGGGCUAGUCCCUCCGACGCAUGACGAGAAGAAGCAGAGGAAGCGAAGCUUUUUCGGGUUUGGUCCCAAGGCGCGGUCCUCGUCGGACGGUCAGGACUCGCUGUUUGGUGGCAGCGAUGCAGGCUCGACAAAUGGUCCAUGCCAAGCCCACAGCCAGCAGAGACCCGUCCGACAGGUGUUUGGAGCGCCCCUGGCGGAGGCGGUUCGCUACAACCCGCCCGCGGACGUCAACGUGCCGUUGCCCUCGGUUGUGUAUCGGUGCAUACAGUAUCUCGACUUUAAGAAGGCCACUGUCGAAGAGGGCAUCUUCCGGCUCAGUGGUUCCAACGUGGUCAUCAAGCAACUGCGCGAGAGAUUCAACGUGGAGAGCGACGUCAACCUGGUCCUGGACGAGCAGUACUAUGACAUUCACGCGGUCGCAUCGCUGCUGAAGCUCUAUUUGCGGGAACUACCGACCACCAUCCUGACACGAGACUUGCAUCUCGACUUUUUGGCCACGGCUGAGCUGCAGGACCACGCGGAGAAGAUGGCCAAACUAGGAGAACUCGCUCUUAGACUGCCGCAGGCAAACGCAACGCUGCUGAAGUACUUGAUCGCUUUCCUCAUCAGAAUCAUCAACAAUUCGGAUAUUAAUAAGAUGAAUGUCCGCAAUGUAGGCAUCGUCUUCUCGCCAACGCUCAACCUCCCGGCGCGGGUGUUUGCCACGUUUCUGCAAAACUAUGAGGCCAUUUUUGGGAUCGACCCGGAAGAGUACGAGCUGCCAUGCUCCUCGCUCACCACCGGGCUCGAGUCUCCCGGAUGGCACAUGGACGCAGCGACGACGCCAAGAUUUGAGCCGCCGCGUCAACCGUCGACGUCGUCGGGCAGCGCCUCGCCACAAGGCCAGGCACGGACGGAGAACGUGCGGGAGCAAAACUUGAGGGAGCGUUCGAGAUGCACGCCGACUCCGCCGUUGAUUUCGACGGCACAAGGCACUCGAAGCACGCCGACGCCCCCGCCAGGCAGCCGCGCAGUACACGAGAGCGGCCACGCUGGUCCUGCCGGGCACGACGGCCACAACCACUAUCCGUCACCAAGGGCUACUACUACUGCGCUCUCGCACGACAGACAAAGCAACCAACCCCCGAGCGACGAGCAGGGCGUCAAUGCUGCGCACCAUCAAGGAUCGAAGAGCCGUCCUCGGGAAGAAUCACGACUGCACAAAUUUUCCGAGUGA